UAAAUGUCUGUGACAAUUAUGAUCUUAUUUUGUUUGAUAUUAAUUUUGUGGUGUUUGUACAUUGUUUUAGCCAUUCUUCGAAACAUUCUGGUUAAGCAGGAAAUGGUGAUGGAGCAAGUCAAAGUGAUUUUAAAAACCGUACAAGACCUACAUGAGAAAUGCUGUAGUGACAGUGGUUCAGAUCCAGUGCUGGAAAAAGACAUUCUUCCACUUCAAGAUCUCACAUCCAUGCAACAGCUUGAAAGUGACCUAGCGGUUGGUGGAGAUUUAAAAAAAAAACUAAUUACAUUGCUUGGGAUUCAAGGAGGCAUUGAUGUGAGAGACACGGUGUGGAGAAUCAUGAGGCAAACUUUCACCAAUUCAUUGGCCAAACAACUUAACUGGAGGGGAAUAAAUGGAAAAACAUGUUUUCAUAGCCUUCACAUUAAGGAUAUUGUGAUUGAUGCAGUACGAAGAAACUCUGUAACAUCAAGAGCCACAACUCAGGAAAUAGAAAUGUGGAUUAAGAGAUGGCUUCAUCUGGCUGCAGAUAGGGAUGGAGGGAGACGAGCAAGAAUGGAGCGUCAGAGGAAGAACAGCUAUCAAGAAUCAGGUGAAAUGCAUGUUCUUUCAAGUCAUCAUUAAGACCAGCCUUCUAAACCUUUGCUGAGGACAAGCUGGACAAAUGUGAUACCUUGAUCUGCCACAACCUUCCCAAAGAGAUUAGUGCUCAUUCAAUGCUUUCUGAGUUCUAACAUCAGGCACCAUCUGGAACUGUGUGUAAUAGUGGGUAUCCAAUCAUGGACUUUAUAAAAUUAAUGUUUGUACAUUUUGUUGACUGAAAUUUUUACCAUCACUGUUUGAUACAUUCUUGUUUUGUGCUUGUUUUAAAGACUUACAUUUAGGAAACCUUUCCCUGUUUGUUUAUUUAAAUAAUUCAUUGUGCAAGACAACAGUUAAAAUUAAGUUCAAUAUGUAAAGUAAAAAUCUAUUUUAUAAUAUGUGUAUCUCACCUAUGUGAUGUUUUUUAGGCACAUACAGGCUUAUUUGUUAUUUUUCCAUGUGUAUGCUCACAUGAUUCAUAAGAAAAUGGUAAUGUAAAACUGUAUAAAUUGUAAAUGUAUUAUAGACUAUUUUGUCAUGGUGGUUUAUUUAUUUGGAUAUGUCAGAAACGCAAGGAACUUUGUUUUGUUUGUUUUCUAUAUAAAUAAAACAUUUACUUUUAUUAUUGUCACAUCUACAAACUUUAGUAUUAGUAAUUUUGUUACUGAUUAUGUA